UAGCUGUAUUUCCCUUUAAGUUUACACCCACGGGGUUGGUCUCCUGAACUAUAGCACUCUGCUGUCACUUAAGCCUACUUAGUACCCUUCAGCCUGAACUUGCUUUGGAUUACAAAAGCAGUCUGUCAUUCAAGUUGCCAUGCGGGGACAUUGACUGUUGUUUUCCUGUCACUCUUCCCAUGCAAAAGAGAAAAGAAAGGAAAACCUACUUAUCUACAUAAAGUCUGAUCUCCUAUGCAUGUGGAGGAGAGAAAAAAAGGCCCUGGAGGCUUAAAAAGCAACUGAGAAAAAUGGCUGCAGAAGAUGGGAAGAAUACAAGCCUCCUCCAGGAAGUUUGGAAAAGAAAAGAAAAUGCCAUGUGUGCAGAUUGCGGGCAGCCUGAUCCUUGCUGGGUCUCCUGUACUUUGGGUACUUUCAUCUGCUGUGAGUGCUCAAAAAUACACUAUCAGAUCCCUAACAUAAGUGAAGUUAAAUCAGUAAAGAAGAACUUCUGGGAAGAAAGCCAGAUACAGUUUCUGGCCCAGCACGGGAAUGCACUGGCCAAAGCAACGUACGAGGCUCAUGUACCUGCUUAUUAUUACCGUCCAUCUUACAAUGACUGUCAAGUCCUGAGAGAGCAGUGGAUACGAGCCAAGUAUGAACGGAAGGAAUUCCUGGAGCCAAAGAAAGUUCCUUAUUCUAAUGGCCUGAAGGAAGGGAUCCUGUGGAAACGAGGCCGAGAUAAUGAGCUAUAUCAGCCACGCAGAUUUCUUCUGUCUGAGAAAGAGAGAUGUCUGAAAUAUUUUGUCAAACAGGAUGCAAAAGAACCCAAAAUAGAAGUUAAAAUCGACACUGUCAAUGCCAUGUUCCAGACAGAAAAAAUGAGGCAUUCCAAUGGUUUGCAGAUCACUUAUCUUAAACAUAACAAGACUCGCAACAUCUUUGUUUAUCACGAAGAUGGGAAGGAAAUUGUGGACUGGUUCAAUACAAUCCGUGCUGUAAAAUUCCACCACCUUAAAGUUGCCUUUCCCGGAGCUAGUGAUCAGGAGCUGAAAACCCGAUUGACAAGAAAUUUCCUAAGAGAAGGUUAUAUGGAAAAAACUGGACCCAAGCAAAAGGAAUGUUUCAAGAAGCGCUGGUUCAGUCUAGAUCACCGAAGGCUGAUGUACUUCAAAGAUCCUUUGGAUGCUUUUGCUAAAGGUGAGGUUUUCCUGGGCAAUGGGGAACAAGGAUAUAAUGUCAUAAAAGGACUGCCACAUGCCAUGCAGGGUAGGUUCACCUGGAAACAUGGCAUAAUUAUUGUAACUCCUGACCGCAAGUACAUCUUCACCUGUGAGACAGAGAAAGAGCAGGAGGAAUGGAAAUCUGUCUUCAGCCAUGUGAUGGAGCAGCCCAUGACGCCCCAGGAGUACGCAAUUGAAGCUAAUUUCAGGAUCAAACAUUAACAUCUCUGGGGAACAGUGAGUUGCUGCUAGUUUCUUGGUCUACAGUUUUUGGAUAACAAAGAAGAAAAGACAUUCUGGAGUCACAACAGCCUAUGCAUUCUCUCAGAGCUGGAAGAAGUGUUGAAAGAAACAAAAUCCAUCUAGACAGCCCUCUGCCAAAAUACUGCUGGACACCUGUCUCUCAAAAUCGCUUAUCAUUUUGAUCCUAAACGACACUUGGUAUGGAAAUAAGCAGCACAAAGACUGAUGUAAAGCAGCUGAUGGAUGCUACUGCCGUGCCCUACAAUAAAUUGAAUGGUUUGUUUUUUAUUGACCAAAAUGUUCAUAUUCCCAUUUUGUGCAACCACUGCUUGCUGCAGAUUGGCCACUAUUUGCUCUACUUGCUUGGUAUUAUGAUAGAAGCAAAGCAUAUUCUGAAACAAGAGGAAGGAUCAUUCGCCUGGAAAGUAAACUUUGCACACUUCAAAAAUGGCUUGGAAUUAUCUCAGUUUGUCUUUUUUAGGCUUCCAUGCAACCCUUGAAAUAUGUCUGUUUUAAUUGUUCGGUUGUGAUUUUUAAAGCAGCGGAAUCUUUUUUUUCCUCAUACACACACACAAAAAUAGCAGGAAGCUUUACUAAACAGUAAAGAAGUGAGGUAGGUGCAAGAUUCAUAGCACAUUUAUUU